AUGCUGCCACCACUAAAGCAGUUGAGAGUGGGACUAGGAGACAAGAAGAGGCGCAAGCGGGUCCGCAUUGGGGAAGAAGAGUCUCAAUCGGGUGAGGACGACCCAGGGCGUGAUUCUGGCGAUGGAGGAGAAACCACCGCGCGUGACUCUUCAACCUGCCAUGAUGAGACAACCGGGCUGGGAGCUUCAACUGACGAAGCUCAUGGUUUGGAAAACGAUGACGAGGGACCGGACGGCCCAAGCGACGCUGAGGACGAAGAUGCUCGCGACGUGGAGGAUGAUGAGGAGGCUAACAACGAGGAUGAUGACGAGGAAGAUGCUGACGAGGAUGCUAACGAUGAGCAUGGGGAGGAGGUUGAUGAUGAGGAACAGGAGGAGGAUGAACAGGAGGAUGAACAGGAGGAGGAACAGGAGGAUGAACAGGAGGAGGAAGAUGAGGAGGAACAGGAGGAGGAACAGGAGGAACAUGAGGAGGAAGAUGAGGAGCAGGAGGAGGAACAGGAGGCGGAACAGGAGGAGGGACAUGAGGAGGAACAUGAGGAGGAACAUGAGGAGGAACAUGAGGAACGGGAGGAGGAACAGGAGGAGGAACAGGAGAACCAGGGGGAACGGGAUGAGGAACAGCAGGAGAGAGGCGAGCAUGAGACUGAGGCAGAACAUGAGGGAGGGGGGAUGGGCGGAGUCAAGGCAGAGGGGAUUGGAGGAGUGAAGGCAGAGGUGAUGGGCGGAGUUAAGGCGGACGGGGUGGGCAGAUGCAAGGCUGGGCGAAUGAGCGGAGGCAAGGCAGAGGGAAUGGGCGGAGGCAAGGGCGGGGAAAUGAGCGGAGGCAGGGCAGGGGGGAUGAGCGCAAGCCAGGCAGGGGGGAUGGGAGGUAGCAAGACAGGGAGAACGGGCGGGAACAAGGCAGGGGGGGUGGGAGGUGGCUAUGUUGGGGGAAUGGGCGGAGAUAAGGCAGGGGGAAGGGGCGGGGACAAGGGAUGGGGAACGGGAGGUCCUCAGGCAAAGGGACCGGGAGGAGGCAAUGCAGGGGGAACCGGAGGAGCCAAAGGAGGGGGGGCGGGAGGAGGCAAGGCAGGGGGAACGGGAGGAGGCAAGGCAGGAGGGACCCGAGGAGGCAAGGCAGGAGGGGCGGGAGGCGGCAAGGCAGGAGGGACGGGAGGAGGCAAGGCAAGAGGUACGGGAGGAGGCAAGGCAGGAGGGACGGGAGGAGGCAAGGCAGGAGGGACGGGAGGAGGCAAGGCCGGUGGGACGGGAGGAAGCAAUGCAGGGGGGCCGGGAGGAGGCAAGGCCGGUGGGACGGGAGGAGGCAAUGCAGGGGGGACGGGAGGAGGCAAGGCCGGUGGGACGGGAGGAGGCAAGGCAGGGGGGACGGGAGCGAAGUCCUCAAAAGGGAAAGAAAAGGUUGACGAGGCUGGUGAUUCGGGGAAGAGCUUAACAGCUAAGCAACAAGCUGAAGGGAGUGCCAAGGCUAAGGGAACAUCAGGUCCAUCGGGUACAUGCACUGCACGUGCCAGCACAUGGGUGGAGUUUGGUUCGUGCAAGGAAGGAGCUGCUGUGGUUCGUUCCGGGAAUCAACUAAUGCGGAUGAAGGAUGGGGCUUCCAAGGCUGACCUCGCGGCACUGGAAGCACGAUUGUUGACCGCCAUCAACAAGAAAUUUGGCGGGGGUGGUGCUGUUAUCGCCAUGAUGACCGAUGCCAAUGCUGAGUCUGGUGGAAAUGAUGCUCCUGCUUCAUCGCUCACCAAUCCUGCCAAAUCAGCACCGGCAACAUCUGCUCCUGCCAGUCCGUUUGCGAUGGCGAAGGACGUGGUUACCAAAGGGGUCUCUGAUUUCGAGGUCAGUACCAAUGUCAACUAUAGAUAUUCCGCUUUCCAGAGACUCGCUCGCCCUCCCAUUCACACCAGCUCAAAUCUUUUCCCCCUUCACAUCUCUUCUUCCCCCCCCACCCCCCAUGCACCCCCCCAUUAUUCCCCUCAUAUCCCCAUUGAACUCUAUGCUCUCAUGCCCACCAGGGGCCUGUUGAACCUUGUUCACAAUUGA